AUGCCGCCCAAGGUGAUCCAACCACCGAGGUGGCGGGAGAGCGCCAUCCACCACCUUCCCGAUGCCGACCUAGACCUUUUCUUCCGUAUACUGCGCUUCGUCUCCACCUACCCGCAGUUUGCCACCCUCAAGAAGGCCACGGAGUGCCCCAACACCGCCGAUCGCAGCCCACCCACCACGUUCUCCACGCCGGUCAGCAGUAGCAGCGCGCCUUUGGAUCGGAAGGGCAUGCAAACCGGGACCAGCACCUCCGUGAACAACCGAAUUCAGAUGCCGCCCGUGCUGCGGGAGCCACUGGAGAAGUUCCGCAUGAUGGCGACGAAUCUGCCCAUCGAUCAGGAAGGACUUCAUGCAGCGCGCAAGAUCGUGUGUGAGCUGCUCGAAGAGCUCUGUGACGAGCUUGCAGAUCCUGUCAUCACGAAGGAGCUGCAGCAGAAGGUGCUGUUGACGGGCGAGAGAAAGACCCCGGGAAGCUCGAGCAGCAGUGGCGCGCCGGGUAGCUCAGCUGUGGAGUGCGGUGCCAUCUGUAGUUCAAGCAACUUUGGCAUCCAUACCCUCCACCAGAUGCACGAGAUUGUCCCUGGCCUGUGGUGCAGCUCCUACCACCCAGCGACGGAUCUCAAUCUGAUGCAGCGCCACGGCAUCACUCAUGUGUGCUGCUGCAUUGACACGCAGCCACGAUUCCCAAAGGACUUUGUGUACAUGACGCUCUCAGCCGACGACCGCCCGGACUAUGACAUGUCGUCACACUUUGCACGCACCUUUGAGUUUAUUGAGAACGCGCUGGUGAAGAAUCACGGUGGGGUGCUUGUGCAUUGCGGUGCCGGCAUCUCUCGCGCGCCGACGGUGGUAUCAGCUUAUCUGAUGCGGAAGCUGCGUCUCAGCUCGUCUGCUGCCAUUCAUCUUGUGCAGCAACACCGCCCGUGUGCGUCGCCGAACAUUGGCUUCUGGAAGCAGCUACGCGAGUACGGCACACAAAUAGGCGUGGAUGAGCAGGUGCCGGGGGCGCGUAGGGAGCUGGCGAGCGAGAGCUUCUCGCGUGCGGUGAAUGUACUAAGGAAGCUUUAG